GUGGGGCCCUCAACACAUUUUCAGAACUCUCUGUCCAGACCGGUGACUGAACAUCUGCCUGUCUUGCCACCAGUGGCUGUCUGAGGUGCUUCCCUGUCUCUGAAGGGGUGGGCACAAUGGCCAAGUGCUUCAUCCUGCUGUUGCUUCUUGUCUCCAUCUGGCCCACAAGGCUUCUGGCCCAAGGCUCUCUACGAAUUCAAGAGCUUUCCAUCAUGCUGCCAUGCAGAAUUGUGGGGGUCACCCUUGUGAACAAAAAGGUAGACCGGCAGUUAAAUUUCACACAAGCCAAGGAGGCCUGCAGGCUGCUGGGACUAACUUUGGCCAGCAAACACCAGGUUGAAGAGGCAUGGAAGUUUGGCUUUGAGACUUGCAGCUAUGCAUGGGUUGAAGAAGGGUUCUCAGUCAUCCCUCGGAUUCUCCCAAAUCCCAAAUGCGGGAAGAAUGGGUUGGGUGUCCUGAUUUGGAGAGCUCCACUUAGCAGAACAUUUGGGGCCUACUGUUACAACUCAUCUGAUACUUGGGUUAACUCAUGCCUUCCAGAAAUUAUGACCACCAAUGACCCCAUGUUCGACACUCAAAGUUCAAUGUACACAACAGAGUUUGCGGUCAGUGACAGUACCUAUUCAGCAUCAUCCCCUUACCCAGCGACACUUGCCCUUGGUACUACUCCAGCUUCGGCUUCCACUUUGGCUCCACGGAGAACCAAAAUGAUUUGCAUCACAGAAACUGUUACAGACACUAGCACCAUGUCUACAGAAUCUGAACAAUAUACUGAAAAUAAAGCUACAUUCAAGAAUGAAGCUGUUGGGUUUGGAGGAGUUCCCACAGCGCUUCUGGUGCUCGCUCUCCUCUUCUUCAGUGCUGCAGCCGGCCUCGCGGUUUGCUACGUCAAAAGGUACGUGAAGGCCUUCCCUUUUACAAACAAAAGUCAGCAGAAAGAAAUGAUCGAAACCAAAGUAGUGAAGGAAGAGAAGGCUGAUGAUAGCAACCCUAAUGACGAAUCAAAGAAAACUGCUAAAAGCCCAGAAGAGCCCAAGAGUCAACCCAAAACAACAGUGCGAUGCCUGGAAGCUGAAGUCUAGAUGAGAAAGGCAUGAGAAAACACUCCUGAGGCUGGCUUCUUCCCUGAUACAUAUCCUGACCCCAGUUGAGGAAACUAAAAGGACCAAAGCAGAACGUUCACCCUUGGUUUCUAGCUGGAAUCAACUCAGGGCUGCCUUUGGAGUUCACCAAAAGGAACUCCCUUCUUCUUGCCACAAUCCCUUCUGGAUCCUAGGUCCUCCCACCUCCCAAACUUCUCACAGCCUCUCUAACCUGACUAUGUUCUAAUAAUAUCCCAGUGGGGGAAAGAGCUGUGCAUAGCAUGAGGACCUGAAGCAAAGAGCUCAUCAGGCCACUCAUCAGGUGAGCUGAGGGCCAAGGGGUCACUGAGACCAGCGGUUCUCUACUGUUCUACAGUCCAGGCCCUUUCUUCAGCUCUGAAAGGGAAACACUUAUACAACCUGGCACAUCUAUCUGAGCCAGGCAAAAGCAAAAGAAGGGAGGAAAGCCUUAGCGGCUGAAAGCCAUGGAGAUUCCUGUGACUUGAGACCCAAUCUCUGUCAAGCCAAAGUAAACAGCAACAGCAGGAGACCAAGGAUGCUGACAGCACUACAGUCAGUGGGAGCUACAGACACAGCGGCCAAGUGCUCCUCUCAAACAAAAUGAGUUGGAGUCACUUCUUAGCACAUAACACAUUUUCUUUUUAUUUCUCCUGAUGAUGAUAUAGCCUCUAGAGGAAUAUACUUCUAAAAGAAUCCUCAGAAAAGUAAUUUUACAAGCUUUUAUUUUUAUCUGAGUUACAGAAAAAUUAUUGCUGGGGAAAAUACUGUUUUUAAAAAGUAAUACUAGUCAACAAAUCUUUGCUGAAUGACUACUACAGAUUCUGUAUUCCUUAUCCAAAAUGCUUUGGACCAAAAUUGUCCUAGAUUUUGGAUUUUUUUUAUUUUGAAAUUUUGCAUUUAUAUAAUGCUAUAUCUUGGGAAUGGAAUCCAGGUCUAAACACAAAAUUCAUGUAUUUUUCACAUACAUUUUACACCCAGAGCCUUAAAGGUAAUGUUAUACAAUAUUUUAAAUAAUUUUGUGCAUGAAGCAAAGUUUUGUGGCGUGGAAUUUUCCAUUGUGGCAUCAUAUCAAUGCUUGAAAGGUUUCAGAUUUGGGAGCAUUUCUAAUUUCAGGUUUUCAGAUGAGAGACACUCAACCUGUGUCCAUCAAGUGCAGGAUACUGCAUUCUGUAAUUUACUAGUCAUAAAAAAAAUGCAUGGAGUAGAAUGCUCUCUGAUACUAAUGUUUUUCUGUUUGGAUAUUCCUGGCUUAACUAUUGUAUUUCCAAAUUAAUUUUUAGGCUGUUUUGGUUUUGCUAAUACUAAUCUUUUCAUUUUCUCUCUUAUGGCAGCCAUUACAAUCUUAAUUUAUUAUUAACAUCCCUAAGAGGUACAUUACCACCUUUACUCAUUUUUAAAGCACAUUUUUAAAAUGUUAUUAAUAAAUGUAUCACUAGCUCUCCUUUUUCUAGCAAGAAGAGCCUAUAAGGUGCAGAAAUAUUUGUGCCAAAAAAUUAAAGCAUUUAGAAAACUU